AUGACGAAGCGCGCGGCUAGUGCCGCGGCGGACGAUGCGAAGCGCGUGCGCGUAGACGCACCUGUAUCGCCUGCCGCGCCGAGCGGGCGCGAUCACGUCGCGCCCGCGUGCCUCCCACGCAAUACACAGCUGCCGAGCGGCCCUCUAUCGAUCGACGCGUGUGCGCCAGGAUGCACGCGCAUCGCGAUCUGGAACAUUACGUCUCUCAAGAGCUCCGACAACAAGGGGCUCAUGCGGUACCUGCACGCGGAAAACGCGGACGUGGUCGUGCUGUCCGAGACCAAGGUGAACCAGGUGCCGUCGCACGCCGGCCUGGAUGCUAUGUACAAGUACCGAUACUGGGGCAUUGGCGAGAAAAAGGGGUACGCGGGCAUCGCUGUCCUCUCGAAGCGCAAGCCCGUGCACGUCGACUACGGCCUGCCCGGCUUUGACGACCCCAGCUCCCAGGCACGCAUGCUGACCGUCGAAUUCCCGCACACCGUGCUGGUCGGGACGUAUGCGGUCAACGCCGGCGACGGGCUCAAGACACUGCCGAACAAGAAUCGCUGGAACGACGCGCUCGAACAGCACCUGCUCUCCCUCCAGUCCAAGAACAAGGACGUGAUUUGGUGCGGCGAUCUCAACGUCGUCUGGGACGACCGCGACUUGGCCGGCGCCUCGAAAAAGUGGAACAAGGCGGCUGGGUACACGCAAGCAGAGUGCGAUGCGCACCGCCGCGUGCUGGCAUCGACGCACAUGUGCGACGCAUGGCGCGAGCGGCAUCCCGACGCCGUCGGACACUACACCUACUAUGGAUGGCGCGGCCAGUGCCGGAGCCGCGGCUCUGGCUGGCGCAUCGAUACCUUCAUCGUUCCACAGCAGUCGCUCGACCGCGUCAAGCGCUGCGAGAUCCGGCACGAGAUCUACGGCGCCAGCGAUCAUCUGCCCGUGGUGAUGGACUGGGACGGCGAGCUGUGA